CCGUCCCCUCCCUCUCCCGAACCACGACCGAUUAAUAUCGACGCGAGCCACCGCCACCUUCUUCACAGUGCCGCGCUGUGGACACUCUUGACCGCUCUGCAGAAAACACAUUCUCGACUCCACCUGGUAUCGCGGCGUCGCGGAGUCGCAGACAACGCGCAGCAAGGUACCUGUACCUUAGUUCUCGAGCAGGGCUGUUUGUGUGCGGUGGAAAUCCCCAAAGUGCGAGACCAACAGGGCAGGGCAAGGCAGCCACCGACAGUCAACCUGGGCCAACGUGUCGCAGCAAUAACUAGGCCUACCUCCUACUACUGUACGUGACACAGACCGUGGACCGGCUUUCCGGGUCCCAACUGUCGACAGUCGACGGGCGGCGGGUGUAACAAUCCCACUCACAUGCCGCACGCAGCCCAAAAACGCUCCCUCGACACAAAAAAUCUUUCGGCAGCUGGAGCGCGACGACUGUUGGAACGUCUCCCAAUGAGCUGCUAGUCGCUGGUCUGCAAAGAGCAGCAACGCCCACAUCUUUCUCUCUCUCUUCACUCUCUUAAAGUGUCCUGCCUCCCAAUUGUCGACGAGGUUUUUUUUGUACUUGGUGCAUGCAUGCAUGUACAUCACGCGCGUAAACACGUCCACUCGCUGCUCUGUUUGACCACCACGACGCCCUAACGCCCCGAUUCCGCUUCAUGGCGCCCUCCAGCAAAAAUGCGAAUCACGCCUCAAGCCACGCCUCGUCUAAUGGCGACACCUCCGCACCCCUCGCCGACUACUUUUUCAUUGCCGGCAUUGAAUCGCCGCAGGUGUACGACGAGAAGUUGGCCGCCCUCGUUCCUACUGCACCUGUGGAAGAGACGAUCGACGAAGACCGCGAACUGGCCAUUGAUACUUCCGCCCAAGGACGACCCACGACGCCAGGCUCUCCGAAUGAUGUGCAGAAGCGGGCGAGAUAUAGCUUCGAAGGGCGAAAGAGCGUGGGCAGCAUCAUCAAUGUGACCGAAGACAAACUGCCUGCCAGCAACCGCAGCAGUACGACAAUCAAGGCGGGUACCAUUGGGGGUUCAGGUCUGAGCGACGAUGCGUUUGAAGAGGCACUUAAGAAGUUCGCUUCGGAACGGGAUAGCUUCCUCGAGGACAUACAUGUGGCAGCAGGCGCAGUAAUCAGAGAGACACCAGCAAAGUCGCGAGUGCAACGGCCAAAGACGGUGCGCGUCACGCAAGAUGAAAACUCUCUGGGCGGCGGCCUCAAGAGUGGUGUUGGCAGCUUACGGCGAAGGCUCUCCACCAUGAACAGCACGAAACGCGCCUCUUCGGUGAUGAGCAGAGGUUCUGCACGGCAGUCCAAGAGGCUGAGUGGCUAUAACUCUGUCAUACCCGUGCCACAGCCUUUUCAGACGCCUGCAGACAUGCACCCUCUCAAGAGACGCUACGAACCCGUCCUGCUCGAUCGCUAUCCCACCAAGACCAUGUUCGACGAAUCGAAACGAAGGACUCCAUUCCCGGACUAUGUCCCCAUGUUUGUAUUCCCCAACGAUGUCACGGUGGUAUCUUCAGACGAGCGACCCCGGUCAUCGUGGCAUGGUUUCACCAUGACGAAUUCGGACAACAGCAGGCUUCAUGGCGUAUGCGUGACCAUGUGGGUGCCAUUGAGCGAUGCAGCGUCCGAAGGGCUCGAGAAGCAGUGUGAUGAUUGGAGAAAGGCAAACAUGAGCAACGAAGAGCGGGAGCUGGCCGCCAGUCUGGGAGAGCGCCUGUCUUCGGAGAGAGCGAAACUCAGUCGACUCUUGUCCGAGCUCCCGCAUCACGAACUGGGCUCCGAGGCACGAGAAGCACUGGAGGAGGACAUCAGUGCCGUGGAGGAGAAGAUUGGGCUGAUGACGGAUCUGCUCCGACCGGUACGACAUGGCGCUGCAUCCAAGAUCGAUGGCCUGACCGAAGGAGACACGGGCUUCUGGAUUCCCCGCGCCUACGGUGUUCUGGGACGCGACGGAGGCCUCACGAGCUUCUGGAAAGAAUGGCUCAAGGCUGUCAUCGUGCCCAUGACCAAUGGCGCGAUUCUGCGAGUGCCGCCCAGCUCUCCGAAGACUGGGCUGUGGCAGCCCCUGGAGCGUUAUGUCUGCAAUCUGUGCAUCGAAGCACUCAGCCCCAUCACGUCCAUCACGCAGGUCGAAGUCGCCAUUCGAGAUCUCCGGCUGUACGCGAGAAAGGCAGCCAUCAACGAGAUUCCGGGCUCUCGCAACACCGAUCUGUACGCGUUGUUCCGCUGCCUCUCGAUCCCCAACAUCAUCGCUCUCUUCGAGUAUGCACUGGCAGAAUCUAGGAUCAUUCUGCUUUCGUCACAUACUGCGAUGCUCCAGCUCGCAUCUGCAGCACUGCAGAGCAUCCUCUACCCACUCAAGUGGACCGGCGUGCUCAUCCCUGUACUGCCAUACCGGCUGAUACAGGCACUGGAGGCGCCGUGUCCGUAUAUUGCAGGCGUCGAAAAGCGAUAUGAGAAACUCGAGAUCCCCGAUGACGACUACUGUCUCGUCGAUCUCGAUGAAAACACCAUCACUAGUACUGACUACCAAACGCAACUACCGCGACCGCAAAGGAGGAAGCUUCAAGCAUUGCUGCAAGCUGCGGCACCACACCACACGCGCUUCGGUGUACCGUUCGGCCCUCCGGCGUACGCCAUCGAAGCGUUCCCAUACGACGCCUUCUCAUCAGAGAACCCUCAGAUCUUCAACCCGAACCCUGUGCCCUCCACGUUGGCCAACUAUGUCAGCGAAAGCUCGACCACCUUUGGCGACGCAUCGAGCCUCACAGCGACUUCGAAAGCCACGGUCUUGAAUGCCUUUUUGGAGCAGCGACCGAGCUCAGGGAACGGAAGCGACAGGCCAUCCACCAGCUCCACGGGUGCGAUGAGCCACUCUUCGGGAGCUUCGCCGCCAUCUCCGAUCACGAUGCCAUCGCCUGUGUCUGUCAACUUCCCCAGCACACCGGUCUCACGAAAUGACUCGGGCUUUGCGCUUCAGGCCUCGUUACGAGAGAAGCGGUCGGGCCACUUUGCGGACGGCAUGAGUCGACGCAAUUCCACGUUUGGCAUGGAUCGUAUGAACACGGUCAGGAGGCCGAGUGCGCCUGUUCCGGGACAUCAGCCGCCUCCUGCAGGCAUGGGACACCACCCCAGCAUGUCCACGUCCACUCUGGGAGGAGGGCUCUCGGCUUCGAACUAUGCUCCGAGCAUAUAUGCACAGAGCACACUUGCCGCCAGCACCAUCUUGCAGCCCACCACGGCACAACCCGUGCGAGAUAACCCCACUACCAGAUGGGUGGAAGGCCAUUGCUUGCAGAAAAAGCUGGCCGAUAAAAGGUCAUUGUGUAAAAUUUGCGAUGAGCGAUGCGAUGAAGACGUCUUCAGGUGCAAUGGUUGUGGCAUUAUUGUGCACGGGCGGUGUGCGUCCAUGGUGUGUAUCGUCUGCCCUGUUGCUUUCCGUGCAGACCAGGUACGCGCCGCGUUUGUGCGAUGCUUCGCAUCACUCUUCUACACCUACCGGCGCUAUAUGCAUCCCGCUUCGGGAGAACGGAGGAAGCAGGGACUCAUUUACCACUUCAACAUGGACCAGUUCCUGAAGAGUGUCCCACACGGAGACAGCGACUAUAUGAAUAUGCUGCGGCAAACACAAUCCUUCAAUGAAUUCAUACACGAGCGCGAGUCGACCCGAGCCGAGGACCCGAGCAUCAAACUGUUCGACGAGAUCAUCCUUUCCAAGCGAAACCGCGGGCACAGGAGCCUCUUCUCCAAGUCCAACACGGAUUUCCUGAGUGACACUUCGGACCACCUCUGGCGUUCCGCAUCAGCAUCACCUCCCACCGGCCGAUUUCCUGGUGACAUCAGGACAGUCACGGGACGGACUCCCAGCAAACUGGAUCCCACACUGAUGAAAGAGCCUCGCAGCAUACAAGGCGCACCCCGGCUGAGCCAAGCGAGGACGAAAAGGAAGCCGGUAUCCAGCAUGCUCGGUCUGAGCUCUCUGAUUUCGGACCAGCCCUAGGAGGGCGUAGUUGCCGAGCAGCAAAAGGCAGAAGAGCAAGCGAAGCACAAGGAGAACUUGGACCCGAUUCCCGCAAUGAACUCCAUUGCCGAAUAGCCACCAUCCACUCUCAUUCAACUACCCCUCUAUUGAUUUGGAAAUAGUGAACACGAUCCUAUGGUGCGGUGCAUUCACGGGGAGUCCAGAAGGAAUGAGGCAUUGGGAUUGUAUAGUAUGGGCCGGGCAUUUUUCCACGAAUCGGCAUUUUCACGAGCAUAUGCAACAGAAAGGUGGUGUGGCCAAUGAUCAAGUCCAAGACCAAGUCCAAGAAAAUGGAGAGGGAGGGGAAGAGCAAGCAGAAGGAGAAGUUGCAGUAGUAGUAGUUGUUGUUGUUGUAGAAGUGCAAUUGGGCAUAAACGUGCAUGUAUAGUAUUAGUAGUAGUAUUAGAAGAAGAAGAAAGAGGAAAUUCACG